UGUUGCUUUACAAACUGAACAAACAUUUAUUGUUGUAGCAUGAUCUACAUCAACUGACUAAAAUCAACAAUAGUCUCUCACCAUCCAAGAUGACAAAAUAUUGAAAUAAAAACCGAUUUAUCUAUAAAAUUUAUUAACGACAACCAGUUAAUACGGAGAAGAUAACGAAGCACUUAAAAUGAUAAGCGGUAGUAAUUUCACAGUGAACACGAGAUUUCAGAUUAAAAUAUUAGAAUAGUUUGACAGAAUUAUUCCCUACGAAAAUAAUCAAAAUUAUGGCUGACGAUAGUGUUGUUCUCGAGGAUUUCGAGACUUUUAAGGAGAAUUUUAACCAGGCUCUGCGGGAGGAUAAUUUGGAGGUACAACUAGAUAUGACAAAAAAGCUAGGUAUCCUAGCCGAACAUAUAGGCGAAAAACUAAUCAGAAACGAACUCCUUCCGUUUAUUAAAGAAAACAUGGAUUUUCACAACGAGAUAUUAUUCAAUCUAUCAGGUCAACUGAAAGAGUUCAUACCACUCGUAGGAGGCUAUGAGAAAGCACAGCCUGUCCUAGAACUCUUUAAGAAUCUCUGCAAUGCUGAUGAAACUCUGGUUCGAGAAAAGACAGUUGAAACGCUGAAAAGUAUAGCUGAGGAUCUCAAUAGUGAACUUACUGAACAGUUGUUAGUACCCUUACUAGAAGGAUUGGCGAAUGAAGAUUGGUUUACCAGUAAAUGUUCGGCUGUUGCUCUUUUUCCAAUAAUUUACCCUAAAGUUAAAGAAGAAAGAAAAGAAGAACUCCGCCAUAAUUUUCGAUUACUGUCGCAAGAUGACUCCCCUAUCGUAAGGAAAACAGCAGCGAUUUGCCUCAUCGACCUAAUUCCAAUGAUGGACAUAGACAGUUUAAAAAACGAAUUUAUUUCUGUCUUCGAUAACAUUUCUAAUGAUAAUACGGAUUCUGUUCAAGUCCAUUCAAUAAAUAUUGCAAUUGCCUUGUGCAAGAGACUAAUAGAACCAGAAAUUGAAGCAUUUAUCUUUAAAACGUUGGAAAAUUUUGCAGCAAGUUCGUCCUGGAAGAUUCGCCAAGUCCUAGCACUAAACAUAGCAGAAAUUCAGGAAGUCAUACCAUUUCCAAAAUUCCGAGGCAGGAUACUAGCGAUGUUUCAAACACUAGUUAAAGAUACGGAAGAAGAGGUCAGAAUAUUAAUCGCCAAUAAUUUUGUUAAAUAUUGUCGAAGCCUAAAAGCAUCGUAUGACCAACCAAAUGUGGAGAAUAACUUUGAGGCUGUGUUCGUUCAAAGUAUUCUACCACAAAUAACCCUGGUAGUGAUAGAUCCAAGCUUAGAGGUCAAACUAGCAUUAACGAAGAACAUUUUAAGUCUUAGUAGGGUUAUCAGCAAAGAAUUGUUCAUGGAGCACAUAAUGCCUAUCGUUUUAGAUGUUCUUGAAGAAGAACGUUUCGUACCAGUAAAAGCAGGCAUUCUAGAAAACUUAAAUGAUCUACCACAAGAUAUAGAUUUCGCAAAAUCUUUACCAUCCAUCAAAAAAGUAAUAAGGACUUUAAUAGUUUACUCUCAAUCGCACUGGCGGACUAGAAAAGGAUUGCUUGUAACUUUUAUGCAUAUAUCAAGGUUCGCUAGUAAAGAAUAUUUUUCUGAAAAUUUAAAAAUCUUUUAUGCGAGCUUAUUGGGCGACCCUGUAUUUGCUGUUCGAAGAACGGCACCUAUUAUCCUUCCACUACUAGCUAAAAGGUAUAGCAUUGCAUGGACAGCAAGGCAUAUCAUACCCUAUUUCAAAAUGUUCACGAAAGAUAGUCGAUACUUGUACAGGUAUGUGCCACUGUUUGGAAUCAACGAACUUAUUAAUCCUUCCAUUAUUCAACAGAAUGAUAUACAUUAUUUAAAUAAUUUAAAAGAAAAUACAGACACUAGCACGCCCAAACUGCUUUUUAAACUCAAAUGCUUAUUGAGCAAACUAUCAAGUAAACUUGAAGAAAAAACUUUUAAAGAUAUACUUUCUUUAAACAACAGCAUAGAUGAUUUUAAAACUGAUAAUAUUUCACUUUAUGCAGGAGAUACUGUUACUUCCCUAACACAAUACAAUCAAGAUAUCUUUGAUUACAAUACAGAAAAACCCAAUGAAUGGUAUAUGACAGGAUUGAUUUCUUUAAUUUACAGAGACUUCUUAGAGCUAAUUCUGUAUCUAUUUUAUGAUAAAAUCGUUAACGUUCAAAUAAGAUCUAUAUUUACCCUAAACAAAAUCAAAAUGUUCACUGACAAACUUGCUAAAGAAUUAGAACAACCCUGGACGGAAGAAUGUUUAAAAUUAUUAACAAAAGAAGAAACUGAUACUAUUGAACAAGAAGUUGAAGUAGAACUAAAAAAAGAAAUCGAACUAGAUGAAGACAAAAUUGACACUGAUUUAAUGGAAAACAUUCUUACAGCUAGUGAAAGUAAUUCAAAUCUAACAGAAAUUGCUGAUACGAAACUGAGCCUUCCUGUAAUAAACAUUGAAUAUGUCGAUGAAUCCCCCGAUUCUAAAAUUGAAAUAAUCGAAGUUGAUACAUCUGAUCCAAAAAUGGACGUUUCAGUGGCAGAAGAUUCACCAAUAACAAAGAAUACAGACAAUCCAGAAGUUAUAUGUAAGAAAGAUUCUCAUGCUAUUCAAUCAAUCGAUGAAAUACGACAAGUGGAUGAGUCAAAUAGUGAAAAGUAUGAAGUUUCAGAAUCAAAAACAGAUAUUGAACAAGUGGCUUCAAAUAAUGAAAAACCGCAAGAAGUUGAAAAUAUUAUUGAGAAAGCAGUUGUAACUAUUGAAAAGGAGACUAAAAAUACAGAAGUUGAUAAAUCCGAUGCAAAUAAUCAGACAAUUGGGACUGAUGAUGAUGUUAAAUGAAAAAACAUUGCAACGAUUUAAAAGUUGUUAGCAAUAAUUUUAUUACCUCCAGUAUUUAUUAAGAUAGAUCGAUUUAAGGAAAAGUAAACAUAAUAUUUUGGUUUUUAGCCACCAAAUAUAUUGUAUUUUUUUAAUAUACAUUUUAAUAAUA